GCGAACCCUAAACCACUGCUUUCACAGCUUCAUACCUGCAAUUUCGGGCUUUUCUGCGACUGGAAAUCUCUCUCUCGCCCUCUUCCCUUCCCUUCCCCAAUGGAGCCAACCAGUGAAGGAAACGGCGACAUUGCUUACCUGAAAGAAAAACGCCAACACUUAGAAGAACGCAUCGAAAGCCAGAGACUCAUCCAAGAAAACCUCAUCACUUCUCUACAAACCCUAGUCCCCGACCUUGUCUCUUCUCUCGACCUCUCUCUAAAAGUCCUCUCCACCUUCAGCCCGCCUUCUCUCUCUACAAAGCCCAAAACACCCAAAACCCCCAUUAAACCUAAGCCCCCGCCCUCUCCUCCCAAAACCCUGACACCCCAAAACCCUAAAUCCACAACAUCUCGCCCCCCUCCCUCUAUUCGUGCCCUAGUUUCCCAAAUCCUCAUUGAACGAAACCCCUUCUCUCCUAUUGAUUCAGUGGCCAUCUUACGGAAACUCGAAAAUGAUCGUGUUGUCGUUGAAGCUGGAGGAAUCUCCGCUGUUGAGACUGCACUGAAAUCAAUCGCGGAAUCAACAGGGGCUGUUGAUCUUGAGGAAUUUAUGGUGAGUGGAAAAUCUAGCAUUAUGGUCAUGGCAAUCGAUCAGAACAGGCUCCUUAAGGAGUUGCCAGAAAAUUCACAGUUGCCAGAAAAUUUGGCUGGAAAUUUGGAUGUGGCUGGAAUUUCUAGGCCAGAAAAUUUUCCGGCUGCUUUUCCGGUGGGUCCAGGAAUCAUGGGGCCAAGAGGGGGGCCAAGGGUUAUGGGUUUGAUGGGCGCCCCUAGGGUUUUGGGGCCAAAUAUGAACCAGAGGCCACCCCUUGGUGGCGGAAUGGUGAAUCAGGGGUCGAAGGCGAGAACUGAGGAGGAUGAUAUGAAGGAUUUGGAAGCUUUGUUGAGUAAGAAGUCUUUUAGGGAGAUGCAGAAGUCUAAGACUGGAGAGGAGCUUCUCGACCUCAUACACAGGCCUACGGCAAAAGAGACUGCAGUUGCUGCCAAGUUUAAGACAAAGGGUGGUCCUCAACUCAAGGAGUAUUGCUCAGCACUUACAAAAGAAGAUUGCCGACGUCAAGCUGGUUCUUUCAUUGCAUGUGAAAAGGUUCAUUUUCGCCGCAUAAUUGCUCCACAUACUGAUAUUAAUUUAGGGGACUGCUCUUUUCUGGACACUUGUCGACACAUGAAGACCUGCAAGUAUGUUCAUUAUGAACUUGACCCAACCCCAGAUGUCCCUCCUAUGAUGAUGGGAGCUGCUAACCUUCCUCCUCCAAAGCCUCUUAAGCCUCAACGUGCUGAGUAUUGUUCAGAAGUGGAACUUGGCGAGCCACAGUGGAUCAAUUGUGAUAUCCGUAACUUCAGGAUGGACAUUUUGGGGCAGUUUGGAGUUAUCAUGGCAGAUCCUCCAUGGGACAUUCACAUGGAGUUGCCAUAUGGAACUAUGGCUGAUGAUGAGAUGCGUAAUUUAAAUGUUCCGGCAUUACAGACUGAUGGCCUGAUUUUCCUUUGGGUCACAGGUCGUGCAAUGGAACUUGGACGAGAAUGUCUGGAGCUUUGGGGUUACAAGCGUAUUGAAGAGCUCAUAUGGGUAAAGACAAAUCAACUCCAGCGAAUCAUCAGAACAGGACGAACAGGACAUUGGCUAAAUCACAGUAAAGAGCAUUGCCUUGUUGGAAUUAAGGGUAACCCAGAGGUGAAUAGGAACAUUGACACAGAUGUCAUUGUUGCUGAAGUUCGAGAAACAAGCCGCAAGCCAGAUGAGAUGUACCCUAUGCUGGAGAGAAUAAGCCCAAGGACACGAAAGUUGGAGUUGUUUGCCCGGAUGCAUAACACACAUGCAGGGUGGAUGUCUCUAGGCAACCAAUUAAAUGGGGUGCGAUUAGUUGAUGAGGGCCUCAGGGCUAGGUUUAAGGCUGCAUAUCCCGAUGUCGAGGUACAACCACCUUCUCCUCCUAGGGCAUCGGCCAUGGAUACAACAGAAGCAAAUGUACAAACGAGGAGCCCUUUUGUUGGGCUAGACACAAAAGCUCAAUCCCAAUUUCCAGAUAUCACUCCCCAAGAGAGCUACACAUCAGAAGACAAGUCUACAAUUCCCGACGUUGAAAUGGGGGGUUAAAAGUGAUAUUGUUUCCUUUUUCUAACGGGUUAGGUAAAUCCGGUUUCAAACGCCGGAUUAUAUUUGCUCGAGCUCUUUUUUCCUAACCACCAAGCCCACAUUUAGAUAGCCCAGUUUUCCUGGGCAGCAAUAAAGCUGCCCUAAAUUUGGAAGUAUACCCCCUCUUGCAUCGGUGCUAGCUUUAGCAGUGAAAAAAAUACCGUCGAACCCAAAGCAAUAUUCUUGGGUGCCUAUUUACAUGGACUUUAAUGGUAGGUAAAUAUAAGGAUUUUUUAUUGCUAGCAGAACAUCCCAACGGUGCAUUAGUUAAGAAACAGAGCACAGAACACUGUAAUCCUGAUCUCACUGCAGUGUACCACAUGAUAUAAUUUAAUUUUAUGUAUCAUUACAAAAUGUGAUUGGUA